AUGUGGCUGUCAUUCUGGGACCCUUUCUUAGAAGGCAGCAAGGAAAGAAAUUGUAGAGUAACCAUGAACCUAUCAAACACUUCACUGGGCCACAAUGAGUCCCUGAAGGUACAAGGCGCACCACCAGGAUCAGGCCACACCCUUUGGGAGGUAGUCUUGAUUGUUGUGACGACAGGAAUCCUUUCUUUGGUCACAGUCGUGGGAAAUCUGCUCGUGAUGGUGUCCUUCAAGGUCAACCGAGAACUGAAGACAGUGAACAACUACUUCCUGCUCAGCCUCGCUGGCGCUGACCUCAUUAUUGGGGCAAUCUCAAUGAAUCUAUACACCACUUACAUUGUCAUGGGGCGAUGGGCGAUGGGCAGUGUGGCCUGUGACCUGUGGUUGGCCCUAGACUAUGUGGCCAGCAAUGCCUCUAUUAUGAACCUUCUGGUCAUCAGCUUUGACCGCUACUUCUCUAUCACCCGUCCCCUCACCUACAGAGCCAAACGAACACCCAAGAGAGCCGCUCUUAUGAUAGCACUGGCUUGGGCAAUCUCAUUUGUCCUGUGGGCACCUGCCAUCUUGUUUUGGCAAAAUGUGGUCGGGAAACGAACUGUCCCUGAGGAUGACUGCUACAUUCAAUUCUUCUCAGUGCCUAUUAUCACAUUUGGAACCGCUAUUGCUGCCUUCUAUCUCCCUGUCACCAUUAUGGUAGCCCUCUACUGGAGAAUCUACCAAGAGAUCCAGAAGAGAGCUAAGGAGCUCUCUGGAUUACAGGCCUCAGAGUUCAAGAACAAUCCACAAGUAGCUUCCAAAACAACCCAAAAUGGUGGUAGUGGCAGCAGUAGCAGCUCAGAACGGUCACAUCCUGUCGCCUCUCCAGCCGGGACAAUUGUGCCCAUGAAGGCCUGCUGUUUCUCUGGACAGAAGACUGAAAGCCUAUACUUGGAUCGGAGCAGCAAUGGCAGCUGGAACACCACAGAGGAGGAGGAAGUUGAAGAGGCCUCUGCCGACUCCUUGACAUCAUCUGAAGGAGAGGAACAGCCCUUUGAAGUUCACUCUAUCUGCUCGGUGGUAAUCCGGCUCCCUAUGAUCAACACUGUAAUGCAGCCACUGAAGGAGACAGAAUACCAAGAUCCCAAAACAGCUGCAGAGAGGGAUUGGGUUGGAGAAAAGGGCCUUGUAAUGAUCCCCAAACAACCUCCAGACGAGGACAGGAGACUCAAGAAAGCAAUGAUACCAUUACGGGAUAAGACACCAGCAAUGACCAAAAGGCAAAUACCAAGGAGGAGGAGGAGGAGGAACCACCUCUCCAAGCGGAAGACCCUGUCACUACUGAAGGAGAGGAAGGCAGCUCGAACGCUCAGUGCGAUCCUGUUGGCCUUCAUCAUUACCUGGACGCCCUACAAUAUCAUGGUGCUGGUUUCAACUUUCUGCCAGGGAUGUAUCCCCCCAGCCCUCUGGAAAUUCGGCUACUGGCUUUGCUAUGUCAACAGCACGGUCAACCCCGUGUGCUAUGCUCUGUGCAACAGGUCCUUCCGAACCACCUUCCGGAUGCUGCUGCAGUGUCGUUGGAAUCGGCAUCACUGGAGGAAGAUGCCUAAGAAGGGAGUUGUCUCCUGCGGUGUGUUGGGCCGCUGA